AUGAUAUUCGGGAGGGCAAGAGUAGCGGACUUCUCAACUUUUGUUUUCUCUCCAUCAUGGGCCGUCGUAUACAAUCUCGUUGAGCUGCCUGGAUACCGUCUUGAAGUUGGAGUGCUUUUUAUAGUUGGACGUAUGACAAUAUCUGAGGAAGAAGUGGAGUUCAUAACAAAGAAGAGGUCUGAAACUUACAAGGGCGUUGUUCUGUACUUCAUGUCUGGUGUAGAUCUGUCAUGUAACCAGUUAACAGGUGAAAUUCCUCAUGAAAUUGGACAUCUAACUGAUAUUCAUGCAUUGAACUUGUCCCACAAUCAAUUGAGCAGACCAAUUCCAGAAACCUUCUCAAAUCUAAAACAGAUUGAGAGCUUGGACCUUUCUCACAAUAGAAUGAGCGGGGAGAUUCCUCCUCAACUAACUGAGCUUAACUUCUUAUCUACAUUCAAUGUCUCUCACAAUAACUUAUCCGGCGUCCUACCGGACAUGAUGAAGGGGCAGUUUGGCACCUUUGGAGAAACCAGCUACGAAGGCAAUCCCUUGCUCUGUGGACCACCACUGAAGAGUUGCUUCUCCACUUCUCCGCUACCACCUUCAAUGCCAACAACGUCAGGCAACGAGGAUGAUGGACAUGACAUAAUUUUCUACGCGUGCUUUUCGGUGUCAUGUAUUAUGUCGUUCUUGGUUUUCAUAGCACUUCUCUACAUCAACCGCUAUUGGAGAGGUCUAUACUUCUAUUUCGUUGAUGCAUGUAUCUAUUCAUGCUAUUAUUUUGCUUUAGACAGCUACUAUUUUGCUUUAGACAACCUUUGGAAGGUUUUCACCUGGCCACGUGCAUAACCUUCAAGUCAAGAUCAGUUUCUCUCCGUAACUCUUAUUGUAAGACAAUAAUAAUCAUUUUUAUGCAUGGUGUGACUUUUAUUUCAACCCAUGUUUCCAUCGCUUCUUUG